UGCUUGUGUGUAAAUCAGAGAAAGAGUUUCAGAGUGAGUUGAUAUUCCUCUCCAGUGUGGUCUUGAAGGGAUGCUGAAAGCACCAUGAAGUGAUUUAUCAUGGACUCUGGGUUUCUCAGUUACAGUAGUCAUAUGUAACUCAUACUAGGAAAAUGAAGAUAUGGAUCAGUGUCCUGUGGCUGUGACUUCAUUAUAAAUAGCGAACUAUGGAAAGGAAGUAAAAGGAGAGUCCAGAGUACAUCACCUGAACACACACUGCAACAUUUACACAACAGGCCUGGAGACAAGAGUGAAAGACUGAGAGAUCAAUAAGGCUGGAGACCACAGUAAAUGUGUGUAUAAGGAAAGGAGAGAGAGAGAGAGAAAGAGAGAGAGAGCGUCUGUGUGUAUGUGCGUGCGUGUGCGUGUGUGUGUGUGUGUGUGUGUGUGUGUGUGUGUGUGUAUGCAGGAGUGUUAGGGAGGUGUGUCUUACACACUUGGCUCCCAGGGUCGGUGAGCACCAGCCCAGCGCACACAGACCCCCACAGAACCGCUCCACUGCUGCACGCAGGGCUUUAUUGAAGCUUGUAAAAGUGGACUAAACAAUCAGGUCUGUUGCUGUUAUCUGUCCAUUCUACUGAUCUGCAAGUUGAUCUUUUCUUCUCUGUCGUCUUGAGUCCCCUCAUGGGCGCCAUAUCAGCCAGUGCUAGAAAACUUUCAGCAGAGGGACUCACAACAUCUCAGCCUUGACUAUGGAGAUGAAACAGACAGUGAUGAUGAACCCAGAGGACCAAGACGAAAAGGACAAAUCUGAAGAGAAUGGCAGGCUGGUAGAUGGCAGCAUUGCUGAGAAAGAGCAGAAACCAGUCUCAGGGCCCACACAGGUGUCAAACGGGUACCCCAGUACAUCAGGGGAAGGCACCGGGGAUGUAGGGGACAGGACAAAUUCUCCUGGGGGAUUCAGGACUCUUGUGGUCCAGCAGACCAGUCUGGAUCCUCCCAGGGAGACAUGGAGCAAGAAGGUAGAUUUCCUCCUGUCUGUCAUCGGCUACGCAGUGGACUUGGGCAACGUGUGGCGCUUCCCAUACAUCUGCUACCAGAACGGAGGGGGUGCUUUUCUGUUUCCCUACCUGCUGAUGGCAGUGUUUGGCGGGGUUCCUCUCUUCUACAUGGAGCUGGCACUUGGGCAGUUCCACCGCAGUGGCUGCAUAUCCAUCUGGAAACAUAUUUGCCCCAUCUUCAAGGGUAUUGGCUUUGCCAUCUGCAUUAUUGCUCUCUACAUUGCCUUCUACUACAACACCAUCAUGGCUUGGGCUCUGUAUUACCUGUUGUCCUCCUUCAACACUACACUACCAUGGACAACAUGCAAAAACCCCUGGAACACGGUCAACUGCAAGCAGUAUAUGUCUACCGACAGCAACGUCACCUGGACCUAUGAUUCCACCUCACCUGCCGAGGAGUUCUAUACGCGGAAGGUGCUGCAGGUGCACCUGUCCCCAGGUCUUCAUCAACUGGGUGCAGUUAGUUGGCAGCUGGCCCUCUGUCUUCUCUUCAUUUUCAUCAUCGUCUACUUCAGCAUCUGGAAGGGGGUAAAGACCUCUGGCAAGGUAGUAUGGGUUACAGCAACUCUUCCAUAUGUUGUGCUGUUGAUCCUUCUGGUGCGAGGUGCUACUCUGCCCGGAGCAUGGAGAGGUGUUGUCUUCUACCUCAAGCCUAACUGGGAGAAGCUCCUGAGCACUACAGUUUGGAUUGAUGCAGCAGCACAGAUCUUCUUCUCUCUGGGUCCAGGUUUUGGUGUACUCCUGGCCUUUGCCAGCUACAAUCCCUUUCACAACAACUGUUACAAGGAUGCUUUGGUGACGAGCACAGUUAACUGUCUGACCAGCUUCUUGUCAGGCUUUGUGAUCUUCACUGUACUGGGCUACAUGGCUGAGAUGCGGAAGGAGGGGGUGGAGACGGUAGCAAAGGAUGCUGGUCCCAGUCUACUGUUCAUCGUCUAUGCCGAGGCCAUCGCCAACAUGCCGGCAAGCACUUUCCUUGCCAUUAUCUUCUUCCUCAUGAUCAUCAUGCUGGGAUUAGAUAGCACGUUUGCUGGGCUGGAAGGAGUGAUCACCGCCAUGUUGGAUGAGUUUCCCCACCUGUUGGCCCGCAGGAGAGAAUGGUUUGUGCUUGGUCUGGUGUGUGUCUGCUACCUGGGAGCUUUGUCCACUCUUACUUAUGGAGGGGCAUUUGUGGUGAAACUCUUUGAAGAAUAUGCAACAGGCCCUGCUGUCAUCACUGUAGUCUUCCUUGAAGUCAUUGCUGUUUCCUGGUUUUAUGGGACGACGCGUUUCUGCAAUGACGUGCAGUUGAUGCUUGGCUUCAGACCUGGUCUGUUCUGGAGGGUGUGUUGGGUAGCUAUCUGCCCCUGCUUCCUACUGUUCAUCAUUGGAAGUUUCCUGGCCUUCCCUCCUGAGGUGAAGCUGUUUGACUAUCUGUACCCUUUCUGGACCACUGUACUGGGCUACUGCAUUGGUGUCUCCUCUUUCAUUUGCGUGCCUUCCUACAUGGUCUACCACCUGCUCACCACCAAAGGGACCUUCAAACAGCGUCUGAUGAAGAGCAUCACUCCUGAGCCUGCAAACAUUGAAGGCCUGCACAGAGAUAUCAUCAUCACCAACGCUGUGUGAGUGGAGACCCUUCGCCCUCUGCUGGACAUGUAGCACAAGUGGGGAUUUCACCCUUCCUUCAUAUCCCAGAUCUGCCAAAGGUGUCUCCAUCCAGAACAUGUGAUAGUUGGACUCUAAGAUCCAGCAAUCCAGCUGCUCUAUUUCCCACCAUUGCUAAAUGUGGCAGCGUUCAAUGUACAUGUGAGAUAGCACCUGCCAUAAAGAUAUAUCUAUUGGGUAUUCAAGUCAGGUGUCUGGUAGCACAAAUGUCUUUUUGGUUUUCGUUACCAUUUUGUGAUCUUUGUUUCAAACAAAUGUACUAGAACUACUAAAGAAAUCACUAAAGAGCAGUAUACAUAGUAUACCCAUGUUUUACUCUAUUUAGCAUUUUCAUAUAACAGCCCCAACUAACAGUUUUAUUUUGUAUGCAUUUGACAUUUCAGGUAACUUUCAAAUUUAUGCGUGUUUCUGAAGCCAAAUAUUAUUAGACAUGACUUUUAUUACAGGUAAAUUUACAUCACAGCUCCUCGUGCUUCGGGUUUGUUUUGUUAGACAGGUGUGUGUAUGUAUGAAAAAUGUACUAGUGGUCAUGCCGCUUUGGAUGAACAUGGAGAGUGUCGCCACUCACAGCUGUAAGUUUUAUCAAAACCACAAAAUACUCAUAAUGUGACUGCAACAUUCUACAUGUAACAAAAAUUUAUUUGGGACCUUUUGUGGAAUUGCGUUAAUGUAAUGUGUCUUUUUCUGCCUAGCUCAUGAAACUGCACACCAACAGCCAACACACUGACUCAUUAUUUUCCAUGUUAUAUGUGAAUAACAAGGUAGCAGAAACCAAAUACUAGCGUGCUUGUUACAAAUGGUUCAGCUAAAUCCUAAAGACAUGGGGGAAAAACUAGCAAUGUAUGAAAGUGCAAGUAUGUACCUGUCUGUUUUGUGAGUGUUGUUGUCUGUGUUCCAGUCAUGUGACAACCUGUCAACCUCUUUAGGAGGACAUAUACGGGUGUGUGAUAUUUGUUCGUUUUCAAAGUGUGUGUGAGCUUUAAGUAAAUGUAGAAAAGCCAAAAGCCAUGGUUCGAUCUGUUCGUGUGUGCGCGCAUGCAUGCAGACAUGAAUGUAUACUAUGUACUUAGUGUGUGCCUCAAAAUAGUGCUGCCUCUUCCACCUCCCUAUCUUGUUUCUGUCUUUACAGUUUACUCUGUAUCAAAGUAGAAUCUCCUGUACUUUAUCAGUGUAUGUCUACAUGACUGUUAUAUGAAUACAUAAAGAAUAAAGAUAUAUAUAUGAGAAUUAUAUAUGAAUUAUUAGAGGAAUAAAAGUAUAUGUAUUAAUAA